AAACAAGCAACACCUUUAAGUUAUCAGACUUCACCACAUUCCAGAGGGUUAUGAGUCCUUUCAAUUUAUGAUCUUUUCUGUCCUAAAUAUUACUACCAACCUUUCCUCAUCCUUUAGUUCUCAAAUAUUUUGCAUCUACAAUCAAAUGAAUUACUGCUGCAAUUUUUAUGUAAAAAUAUGUGAAAAUAUGUGAAAAUAGCAUACAAAUUAAUAUUGGGGCACACGGUGGCCGAGUGGUGAGCAUGUUGACCACACAAUCAAGAGAACAUCUCUGUGUGGUGUUUGCGUUUUCUCCCUGUGCGUGUGUGGUUAUCUCCAGGUACUCCAGUUUCUUCCCACAUUCCACAAAUGUGAAUCUUAGGUUAAUUGGAGACUGUAAAUUGUGUGAUUGUGGGUGUGAAUGCUUGUUUUGUCUAUACAUGCCCUUUGAUUGGCUGACGGACAGGGUGUACACUGCCUCUAGGCUGAAGUCAGCUGGGAUAGGCUCCAGCUUAUUUAUGACCCUAAUGAGGACCAAGCAGUAUAGAAAAUGGAUGUGAUGGAUGGAUGGACUUUUUUAGUGUGUAUGCUGGUUUUAGUUUGAAGUAAUAUUUGUUCUCUUGUACCCACAUGUAUCACAUAAACACACAUAAGCAUAAGCAUGAGACAAGCACAAUUAAGUUAAUUAGUUGAGAACAAACUGGAAAGCAUACCAAAGGCUCAAACAUGAAAACAUUCUAUUUGUAAAUUGUUUUCGGAUUUCAAAUUGGCAUAGAGUAAUAACAUAAAUAGAGAUGUUUCAUAUUGUCUUUCUUACCGAUACAAAAAUAUUGUCCAUUAUGACUGAUGCCAAUCUGCAGCUUUUCUCUCAAACUAAUGUCAGGUCACAACAUGUAAUGAAUUAACACAUUCUGCUUCUUUUACUGUGAUGCCACUGGAUGCAUUUCACAAAUAAGCACUGUUUCUGCAAAAUAAGCCAAAUACUACAAUAUGCGAGACAAGUUAUACAAAAGUACCAUAUUUAUUUUGAAACAUUUUGUCAUUAGCCACGUAUCUCAUGUAUCUUAUUGUCAGUAGUUAGUUCGAUAGUCAUUUUGCUUUGGCUUUUGUACCGUGUCGGUUUUCGUACAAUAUUGUGCUUAAUAAUGCACUGUAUUGUUUCGUGAAAUCAAGUGCCCAAACAAAGCACCCUUUGCUUUGCUGGGUCCCUGUCAGUGCAUUUUUUUUUAUUGAGUGCUACAUUUUUUAUUUGAUUUGAUUUUAUUUUAAGUAUUUGCUAAAUAACCUGUCAUGGGGCCAAAGAAAGUUGCACGUUCCAGCAAUUUGAUAAAGAAGCGGGGAAAUUUUAUUGAAUUUAUCUCGCCAGGAUGUACAUGAAGUCCGUAUCAACAAUAUGUUUCAUUGUUUUGUCAUUUAAUAAUUAUUUUGCAUUGUCUGCAUGUAAAACUAUAUUCUAAGUGUAUAUUUUGUUAAUUUUCGGUGUCUGCAAUGGAUUAAUUGGAUUUUAAUGAUCUCCUACAGAAAUAAAUGCCUCGAUUUUUGUACGUUUCGGUUUUCUUCUGACCUUUUGUAAUGAAUUAAUGACAAUACCCAAGGUACUUUCAAUCUGAUGGCGAAAAUUGGAGCUAAUUCCAGACUGUGGACAUAUUGAAGUAGCAAGCUUUGUUUCUCUGUGUAGCAUGGUGCAUUUUGAUAAAGUCUCACUUGCUCACGGAUACCAAUAUCGGCAAAAAAAACCCCUAGUGGUGUGCAGUCAGGGCCAGCAAGGCCUUCUCUUCUCUCCUAGUGAGGAUAAGCGGCAUGGAUGGAUUGGCCAAUAAUAUAGGUCGCCAGAUACUAUUGGACAUCCCUAAAUAUAAGUAAUUAAAAAGUUACUGGUAAACAUGAUAACUAAUUAGGCAAAUUAGGGUAUACACAACAUUGCAAAAGGUUUCCUCACCUGCCUUUAUACACAUAUGAAAUUAAGUGACAUUCAAUUCUUAAUCGAUGGGGUUUAAUAUAUAAUAAUAAUGGGGUUGCUGCUGUAACAAGUAAAUUUCCCCGCUGUGGGAUAAAUAAAGUACAUACAAUACAAUACAAUAAUAUGACGUUGGGCCAUCCUUUGCAGCUAUAACAGCUUCAACUCUUCUCAGAAGGCUUUCCACGAAUGGGGUGUGGGAAUUUUUUACCCUUCUUCCAGAAGUGCAUUUGUGCAGUCAGACACUGAUGUUGGACAAGAAUCCCUGCAUGACUCUUUGCAGGCUUGUCAUGUUCUUCCACAUCAAACCUGGUCAUCCGUGUCUUUUUGGAAGUUGCUUUGUGUGCUGGUGUGCAGUCAUGUUGGACCAGGAAGGGCCAUUCCCAAACUGUUCCUACAAUGUUGGGAGUAUGACAAUGUCUGCAAUUUUUUGGUAUGCUUAAACAUUCAGGGUUACUUUCAGUGGAACUAAGGGUCCAAGCCCAUUUCAUGAAAACGACCCCACACCAUUAUCCGUCCUACACCAUACUUUCCACUUGGCACAAGGAAGUCACAUGAGUACAGUUCUCCUGGCAAUUGCAAACCCAGACUCGUCCAUCAGAUUGUUAGAUGGAGAGGUGUUAUUCAUCACCCCACAUAAUGUGUCACCGCUGCUCUAGAGUCCAGUGACGGUGUGCGUUACAUCAGUGCUUCCCAACCAGAGGUACGGGUACCACUACUGGUACACGAGCAAAUUGCAGGGGGUAUGUGUAAACAUUUAAUUUCCAAGAUGAUGAGUAAAUAUUCUCAGUCAUCUCAUAUUGAGCCAGACAAUAAAAUGGAACAUGUGCACACCAACUAGUUUCCCUAGGGAGACAGUAACCUGUGGCACAGCUGCGCUAAAAUAAUAACAGCUGUGUUACAUUCUACUUUUGGAGAAUUAUCAACAUGUAUGAGAGAGGGGGUACUCAUGUUAUGACGAAAAUGCUCUGGGGGUACACAAGACAAAAAAAGUUGGGAAACACUUUACACCACUUUACACCAAUGCUUUGCAUUGCACUUGGCUAUGUAUGGCUUGGAUGCAACUGCUCGACCAUGGAAAACCAUUCAAUUAGGCUCCCUGCACGCUGUUCUUGAAGUAGUUUGAAGUUGAUUGAGCACAUUCCCGUGCUCAAUCCCGUGACCACGCAUUCCCCCUGCCUGAGAGUCGAACCAGUAAGCUAAAAGCCCAGGCUUCUAACCCACUGACCAGUGCGGCUUUUAAGGCGUUGGGGAGUGACUUUUAUUUAACGUAAGCACAGCUAGCUGGCAUCCGUUACAAAGGCCACCUGAAGUUUGGAGGUCUUAAGCGAUUGACUGUGCAGAAAGUUGGAAACCUCUGUGCACGAAGUGCCUCAGCAUCCGCUGACCCUGCUCUCUCAUUAUGUGGCCUACCACUUUUUGGUGUCGUGGAAUGUUGAGAAGCAAAAACAAGACAUGUUUGUAGUUUGAGGGAGAAGGCUCUGUUGUUUAUCCAACCACAGUUAAAUAGGGGUUCUGAGCAAUAACAAUGACGUGGAUUAAGAGAACUCUCUCCUUAUCUGGACUUCCUUCCUUUUCUGGAAGCAGAGCUUCUUGGCAGGACAUUGGAGAACAUUUGGAAAGCAUCUUAUGCAAGCGAGUCUUACAGUCAUCAUUUCACGCUGACCUCUUCUCAAGUGCAACUGGAAUUCACAGAAAAAGUCUUUCUCCAAUAGUGGCUAAUUUGCUGUCAUUCCUAUUGCUUCCACUCUGUUAUAAUAGUACUGAGAGUUGACUGUGAAAUAUUUAGUGGCAAUUAAAUUUCACAACUGGACUUGUUGCAUAGGUGGAAUCCCAUCACAGUGCUGGAAUUGACUGAGCUCUUGAAAGUGAGCCAUUAUUUCACAAAUGUUUGUUGAAGAUUCAAGAUUCAAGAGAGUUUUAUUGUCAUGAAGCAGUCUACAUGCCCAUGGUGCUUAAUAAGAAAGGAGAAGAUGGACUUAUUUAUCCUUUGGGGAGAUUCAACAGUUGCAGUAUAAAAUAUGCAUACGGAUUUUAUACACCUGUGGCCAUGGAAGUUAUUGGAACACCUGAAUUAAAUUAUUUUAAUGUGUGGCAAUAUAGUGUAUAUUCAGAUUAAAGACGACUAUCAUUGCACAUGUACAUGGUCUAAAAUAAAUAGCCAAAAAUUUAAAAUAAACACAAUAAACUGCACAAUGCAUAAUACACUACUCAGAACUUCCGUAUGAAAAAAACUAAACCAACAUAUAAAAAAGGGAAACAUUGCCAUACAACUCCCUACCAUAGAAACAAAGAAUGAUAAAUUAUUCAAACAAUAUUAUGUAAACAAAACAUCUGACAAAUGAUAAAUCUAUUCCUACUUUUAGUUAUGCAUAUCGUGAUUUGUUCAGUAUGUUGAGAACCAUUACAAGAAUUGAAGCUACGAUAAAUUAUAUCUUUUUUUUUAAAUACAACUGCACGUCCAUUUAAAAUUAGUCUAUUAUGCAAAUCCAAUUAAGGUGACCACAUUUUUUUAGUUGAACGAAACUUUUCACACAAUUAUCAAACAAAAAGUUUAAUAAUGCUGAUUUCAUAAACGACAGUUCACGUCGCUGCUGUCCACAAAAACUUCCUAAGCUAUGAAGUCAUAUUUACAAGCUUUUCUAUUGGUGGCUGGUUGGGGGCGUGACGUGCUAACACCAGUCAAAAAGAAGCCUUUUCCUGGAGGGGAGGCAUUAUUUUCUGUAUUUUAUAAAGGCGGAUCUGUGAUUUCACGUCAUAUGUCGUUGUUGCAGCAACGAAUUAUUCCCAAAAUGGCUCGUGUGUAUUCGUGGGAAGGGUAUGUUGGCGUAUUUCUUUUUCUUUGCGCCAUGAUGAACACCGUGUGGAGCGUCACUCAUUAUUCUGUGCCCGAAGAAAUGGAGGAAGGCUCCGUUGUUGCUAAUUUGGCGUCUGAUUUGGGUUUAGACGUGAGGACGCUCAGCAAAAGGAAAAUGCGCAUCGAUGUCGUUGCAAAUAAAAAAUACCUGGACAUCAACAAGAACACCGGAGAGCUUUUUAUUUUGGAGAGAAUAGACAGAGAGCUGCUGUGCCCCUUGAAAACGACGACCUCUUGUUUCCUUAAAUUAGACGCAACGAUUGAAAAUCCAAUCCGGAUGUUCAACAUUGAAGUGGAAAUCACGGAUAUUAACGACAACGCUCCUCAUUUUAGACGAGGGACCAUGCAUCUGGACAUCUCCGAGGCGAGCCCGGUGGGAGAAAGGUUCUCUCUGAAUAAUGCCGUGGAUCCAGAUGUUGGAGCCAAUUCUGUGCAGAACUACCAUCUGAGCUCCAGCCAGCAUUUCAACAUUGAAAUUCAAACGGGGAGAGACGGCUCGAAGUUUGCAGAUUUGAUUCUGAUGAAGAUGCUGGACAGAGAGGAGCAGGCUGUUCAUCAUCUCAUCCUCACUGCUGUGGACGGUGGAGUUCCCACGCGCACGGGGACGGCCAGCAUCAUUGUUCGAGUCUUGGAUGUCAAUGACAACGCCCCUUCUUUUGAAAAAGACAAAUACUCCGUAGACGUGAUGGAGAACUCUCCUAUUGGCAGUCUAGUGAUUCAAAUGAAUGCCACAGAUUUAGAUGAAGGCUCCAAUUCUGAUGUGCAUUAUUCUUAUAGUUUGUACACGUCAGAAAGAACACAAAAUAUGUUUAGUUUGAAUCAGGAAAAUGGUGAAAUAAGAAUAAAGGAGAUGAUUAAUUAUGAAGAUUUAAAAUUGUAUGAAAUGGAAGUCAUAGCAAGCGAUAAGGGGCUUAAUUCCUUGUCUAGUCAGUGUAGACUAACUAUACAGGUGGCCGACAUGAAUGACAACCACCCUGAAAUUUCUAUUAAGUCUUUUCUAAGUCCACUGAAUGAAAACACACCUGUUGACACAGUGGUAGCAGUGGUCAGUGUGAGUGAUAAGGACUCAGGUGACAAUGGGGUGGUGGAUCUUCACAUUCCUCAUAAUAUGCCUUUUAAACUGAAAGAGUCCUCUGAUAACUAUUAUAAGUUAGUGGUCUCAGAGCCAUUAGACCGUGAGAAGGUUCCAGAAUAUGACAUCACCUUCACUGUGACAGACAGAGGCUCCCCUCCUUUAAGUGACAAUGAAACAAUGACUUUACAUCUGUUGGAUGUGAAUGACAAUGUUCCACACUUCCCUCAGUCCUUUUAUACCAUACGUGUGAUGGAGAAUAACGCUCCUGGUGCCUUGCUCAGUUCACUCAGUGCGUUUGACCCUGACCUCCAUGAGAACCAGUACCUAGUUUACUUCAUCCUCGAGAAGGAGAUAGCCAACACCUCCAUGUCCAUGCUGUUCUCCAUCAAUCCAGAGAACGGGAAUCUUUAUGCACUAAAAACGUUUGACUAUGAGAUGGAGAAGGACUUUCUUUUCCACAUUGAGGCCAGAGACUCUGGUUCUCCUCCACUCAGCAGCAACGUGACCGUCCACAUCAUCAUUGUGGACCAGAACGACAACGCUCCAGUUAUUGUCUCUCCUUGGCGAGCACACGGCUCUGUGGUGGAGGACAAAAUUCCCAGAUCCACGGAUAAAGGCUCUCUGGUUGCCAAGGUGAUAGCCUUGGAUGUGGACUCGGUACACAACUCUCGCAUCACCUACCAAUUCCUGCAGGUGACCGACGCCACCUUGUUCAGUCUGGACCAGUACAACGGAGAGAUCCGCACUAUGAGGAUGUUCAGUUACAAAGAUCCACGUCAUCAGAGACUGGUUAUUGUUGCCAAGGACAACGGGGAGCCUGCUCUCUCUGCUACAGUCACCAUCAAGCUGUCCACAGUGGAGACUGCUGUGAAGACCUACUCAGACAUGACUGAGGUGCCUCUGGAAUAUGACAUCUUCUCAGACCUCAACCUGUAUUUGGUCAUCGGUCUGGGUUCAGUGUCCUUCCUGCUGCUCAUCACCAUCUUGGUCACCAUCGUGCUCAAGUGUCAGAAAGCCAAGCCCAGCAUAGCAGCUCCCCCCAGCAGGAGCAGUGUGAUCAGUGAGAGGAACUCCACCAUUGCUGAUUCCACUCUGGUGUCCAACGAUGCCUACUGGUACAGUCUGUUUCUAGCAGAGACCAGGAAAGGAAAGCUGGUGGUCAGACAGCCUCUGCCAAAGGGCUCCAGAUACAUCGUGUCCAGUAUUCCCAGGAGCACAGGCAUGUCUGAGACUAGUGGCUCUGCUACUUCUACUUUGCAGUACCCUAAAUGAGGGAAGUCCACUCUGCAGCAUGGAGGCAUCCACAACCAGCAGCACCAGAUCGACAUAAGGCAGGAACUCCUUGCUGCAUAUCGGACCAAUCCUGAUGGGUGAGCGACAGAGGAAAAAGAGAUGACCUUGCGUUGACAUCGCUCCCAUGGCCUUCAUGCUCCGCCUGGUUCUUCACACUCGAGAUCCUGAAUGCAAUGGCUGAUGAUAUAAACGCCGACCCACUACCCUCUCUUCUUUCUUUAAGCACAUGAAAAGCCAAUCAAAGCCUUUCUAAUAAUCUCUUCAUUGUGCAUGAUAUGACUGCAUGGCUUCAACCACACUCUAAGAGCGUCAUCCCCGCCCGAAAAAUGUUAAGGAGAUGUUACUUGCCAAGAAAUAGACUGUGCCGUGUGGAUUGUGAAAAAAGCCAAAUGAAUAAGGGGACUAUUUGAGUGGACAAUGGAAUGUUGAAUUGCCUACAAGAGACUGUUUUCCCUCUUAAAAAGGAACACCCAUUAUGUGUAGUUUACAAUUGUAUGAACUUUUGUGCUUUGUGUUGCCCAUUAUCCACAUGAGUGACAUUUGAAAUGGCACAAUUUACAAAAAAAUAAGCACCAGUGCGAUUUUUCUUAAAUCCAAGUUUUGUAAAAAGUGACUUUAGGUUUUGUAAAUGACAUUGUGCUUUAUAUGUACGCAAGGCCCACAAAGAUGAACAAGUGUGCAGAGUGAUUCAACAAACUCAACAGGUCUGUUCACAUGAAUUAAGUAGGAUUCAGUACAAAAAUAAUGCACUGCAAUUAGCAGACAAGUGUGUUGAAAAAUCUUGCCCUGACUAUUACCUGACUAUUACCUAUUUUGCCACUAUUACUCUGGCAAAAUAGUGUUGCACAUGCAACUGAGGCCACUACAAUUGUCAAGCAAUGCUUAAACUUUUGUAUACAAAAUUAUCUCCCAUAAACAAGUAACUCAAACACAGAAAAAGGGGGCCUUUUGUCAACAUGUAGCUAUUUUUCACUUGUUUUGCAUGCCAUAACCAUAGUAAGAGUUUUAGUUAUUGUGUGAUAAAAUUCAUUUUCUGUAUUGCAUCACAUGUAUUCUCUCAGAGCAAGAUACAAGAGGGACCAACAGUAUAAGAACUGCAUUGCAUUGUUUUCUCCUAAAGAACAGGUGGCUGUUGUGACGUGUAUGCAUUCAAAAAAAGCAGUCACCAUAAUGAGUGCGUUUGAAUGUUAAGGACUAAAGUAAACCGAAGUGUGUAGAUAUGACAAAGUACAGGUGUAUCUAACAUAUUGAUUACUUUUAUCUAAGAAGCCAAACUCUGGAUGUUCCUUCAUAUCAACCUUGUCUGAUGUUGUACAACUCAAAGCUAAUAGCAUACAGUUAUGUACUAAAUGUUUACAGUACUGGAAUAGUGUGCACUUUUCAUCUAUUGGAAGCUGUGCUCAGGUGUAUUACUGACUCCUGUACCUGCAAUGCAACACAGAAAUACAUGGUGGCAGAACUGGAUGUAGUCUUCAUAAUGAUUUUCAUAUUACAUUUUUUGUUAAAAUACAUCAAGGUGUGUUUUCACAUCAUACUGAGUAUAAAGGUAUAGAUUCAAUACGCAAAGCAAAACAGCCACUGAUUUCAGUAUAUUCUGACACAAUGCCUUUGAGUGGAAGCAGUUUAAUGUUGUUUCAAUUGUGUUGUCAUAACUUGAACUACAUCAAAAACUGUGUCUGACCUUUUCAGUGCCACUGAACUGCUGUGCCAUCACACAAACUAAAUCGCUUUAACUUACACAGUAUGUACAGCAUAUAAAGUAUUAUAUAGUAUGUUGAUACCAUGCAAGCGCACAGCUGAAAUUGCAUCAGAGAACAUGUUUAAAGUUGUAAUGUUUUCCAGGCAAGUAUGCAUACAAUAAGUCCAUUUGUACAGUGGUGUUUUGACAGUGAAUCGUAUUCUAAAAUUGUGUGUGUGUAAUGUGAGUUUAUUGUAUGACCGAUUGAAUAAAAAACAUAUUGGGAACAAAA